UUGAACAGUAGUGUAGAUUUAGUCUUGUCCCAUUGUAUGUAUGUGUAUGUGGAAAGGAGGGUUAUUGAGAGUCAAGAUCUUGACAAAGUGUGUGUAACACCCACGCUCACUUCCUGUUCCUGUUGUGAGGUGUCCCUCAAGUCAUCAUCCUUGGUCACGCUUCAGUUAAAAUCUCCCCGGAGGUCUGCCAGCAUCCUCUCAGGCUCCUCUUUCUCAUGCCAGGCCCCCUCAGUCAUCUCAUCGGCUCUCAAACUUCUAGAAUUUAAAUUCAGUUUUAGAUUAAUUUGCAGAGACGUCCGCACCAUUAUUUAAGUACAUUUUUUACCCAAACACUUUGUUGUGGAUGUGACAUAAAUAUAAGAUACAUAUGACUUAAUAAUUAAUAUUGCAUGUAUUAUGUAAGAAUAGUACAAUAUACUAAAUACAGCUGUGUUCAGAGUUAAAUACAAUGACACAUUCCAUAUAAAUCUCCAUCUAAUUAAUGCAUUUUACAGGCUGUUCUGUUCCUGCUAAAAAAGCCAGACUGAAAUAUUUCUGCUCUGACCCAUCUCGGUGCUUAGUAUCAAAAUAUACUGUUGCAUAUGGCUGUGUAAAUGUAUUUAUGCAACCUCAGAGCAGCAUUACACUGUCUGCGCAAAAGCACUUAAAUUCUACUUCAGAACUGCAGUGCCAGCUUGUUUUGCAGUGUAAAUUUGUCUAUUUCAAAAAGGGAAAUUUUGAAAUAGAUCAUUCUGGUCGUGGAUGCUGAUUGGUCAAUACAGUGUUACAGACAUGCCAACAUUCAUGAUGUAUUAACAGCUAUUAACGCGUUCUGUUGUUGGUGAGUUUAUCCUUAUAAUCUUAAUAAGUCAACUUUGCUGGAUUAAAAGACCCAUGUUUAUGAAAAUAAAAUGGCUCUGUCUGUCAUUGGUGGGCUUCUAACUAUUCUGCCAGCUCGAAAUUCUAGUGAAAGCAGGUCAGGAGAGAAGCUUUGAUUAUUAAUGAAGUACAUAGUCUCCCAACAAAACAUGGUAAAACCAAGAACGUAGCAGAAUAAAAAGGCUUGUUUAAGAUAUUUGCUCUCAAAUUGUUAUUGUGCACCGAUACACACACGUUUCGUUUCUGACUUGUUGACACUUAUAUUGUCCUCCUCUUAUCCUGUCAUUUUCUUUCUGUCAUUUUUGACCUCUGUGGUGGAUAUUGACAUCUGUGGUCUUUUUCAGAUGACAUCCGUCAUUCAGUUUCAUUCAUAUUGGCAGACUGGUGUGUGCAAUCUAUUGAUAGAACUCUGUGUGUAUGACUAGAUUAUGAGCCAGUCCCACCCUGUUUCUCAUCUCAAGUGUAUGUUAAGAGAAAGAGAGAGUGAAAGAAGGGAAGAAGACGAUACAUGAUAUGAAGGAUGAGGGCUUGGUCAAGGAAAUUAGCAUCACUCACCAUGUCAAGGAGGGCUCGGAAAAAGCGGACACACGACAGUUUGAACUCUGCAAGGUGCUGGGCCAGGGAUCUUUUGGCAAGGUAUUCCUUGUCAAGAAGAUAACUGAGCCCGAUGCAGGACAGCUCUAUGCUAUGAAAGUACUAAAGAAAGCUACAUUGAAAGUACGAGAUCGAAUGCGUACAAAGAUGGAGAGAGACAUACUAGUUGAGGUCAACCAUCCUUUUAUUGUUAAACUGCACUAUGCAUUUCAGACAGAAGGCAAACUCUAUCUGAUUCUGGACUUUCUCAGAGGAGGAGAUCUCUUCACUCGCCUGUCCAAAGAGGUGAUGUUUACAGAGGAGGAUGUAAAGUUCUACCUUGCAGAGCUGGCUUUGGCCUUGGACCAUUUACAUGGACUGGGAAUCAUCUACAGAGAUCUCAAACCAGAAAAUAUUCUUUUGGAUAAUGAUGGACACAUCAAACUUACAGACUUUGGGUUGAGUAAAGAGUCCAUUGACCAUGAGAACAAGGCAUAUUCAUUCUGUGGUACGGUGGAAUAUAUGGCUCCAGAGGUGGUCAACCGCAGAGGUCACACUCACAGUGCUGAUUGGUGGUCCUACGGUGUGCUAAUGUUUGAAAUGCUGACCGGAACGCUUCCAUUCCAAGGGAAAGACCGAAAGGAGACCAUGACAAUGAUCUUAAAGGCCAAGCUGGGCAUGCCUCAGUUUCUUAGCCCAGAGGCCCAGUCUCUGCUCCGCAAUCUGUUCAAGAGGAAUCCUGGCAACCGCUUAGGAGCCGGGCCUGAUGGAGUAGAAGAGAUCAAAAGACAUUCGUUCUUCAGCACAAUUGACUGGAAUAAAUUAUAUAGAAAGGAAGUGACUCCUCCCUUUAAACCAGUCAUCCAGAGGCCAGAUGACACAUUUUACUUUGACUCGGAGUUCACUGCCAAAACCCCACGAGACUCUCCUGGUGUCCCUCCAAGUGCCAAUGCCCAUCAGCUCUUUAGAGGGUUUAGCUUUGUUUCCCUUGGAGUAGAAGAGGAGAGCCAGCCACCCAUUCAGAGCAACCUCAACAUGAGCGGCAUACUGCAGCAGCCCCACCGGAGCACGCUUCAGUUCACAGAUGUAUAUGAUGUUAAAGAAGACAUUGGUGUGGGCUCUUACUCCAUCUGCAAGCGCUGUGUGCACAAGAGCACAGGCAUGGACUAUGCAGUCAAGAUUAUCAGUAAGGAGAGGAGAGAUCCAACAGAGGAGGUUGAGAUUCUGCUGCGUUAUGGACAACAUCCCAACAUCAUCACUCUGAAAGACGUAUUCAAUGAUGGGCGAUCGGUGUACCUGGUCACAGAGUUGAUGAAAGGUGGAGAACUACUGGAUAAAAUCCUCCGACAAAAGUUUUUCUCUGAGAGAGAGGCCAGUGCUGUCCUGCACACCAUUACAAAGACUGUUGAAUAUCUGCAUGCCCAAGGGGUAGUACACAGAGACCUAAAGCCCAGUAAUAUCCUGUACGUGGACGAAUCAGGCAACCCAGAAUCAAUCAGGAUCUGUGAUUUUGGUUUUGCCAAACAACUCAGAGCAGAAAAUGGACUGCUGAUGACACCAUGCUACACUGCUAACUUUGUUGCUCCAGAGGUCCUGAAGAAGCAAGGCUAUGAUGCAGCCUGUGAUAUCUGGAGUCUUGGAGUUCUCCUUUAUACCAUGCUUACAGGGUUCACUCCGUUUGCUAAUGGCCCGGAAGAUACACCGGAAGAAAUUCUGGUUCGGAUUGGCAGUGGGAAAUUCUCGCUUUCUGGAGGAUAUUGGAAUUCUGUAUCGUUCGAGGCUAAGGACCUGGUAUCAAAGAUGCUUCACGUUGAUCCUCAUAAGAGAUUGACUGCUGCUCAAGUUCUUCGUCACCCAUGGAUAGUCAACAAGGACCAGCUACCAAAAUACCAACUUAACCGCCAGGAUGCACCUCAUCUAGUGAAGGGAGCAAUGGCAGCCACCUAUUCAGCCCUGAACAGAAAUGUUUCUCCCGUUCUGGAUCCGGUGGGAUGCUCCACACUCGCUCAGCGUCGUGGUGUCAAAAAGCUGACCUCUACUGCCCUGUGACCGUUCAGAUUUAAACCCCAAACUACAAAUGGCACAUAAAUGUGUGAGAUGUAUGGUGGUUCUACUGUCGUCAUGGAAUGGCAGCCCAAACCAAAAAAACAAACACUUUUUUUUUUUUAGUUCUUGUCAUUGAUGCAUCAUCAUGUAGAAUAUUAUAAAAAAGCUCUUAGGAGAAUAUUAAAUUCAUGUACAAUUGUUUUAUGAAAACACUCUAGAAAUGUACUUCAUAUGGGAUUAUAUAUGAAUAUGAAAAUAUGUGUCUGUGUGGAGAUAAUGUAUGAUGUUAAGGGGCUGUGAUUCACAGUUUGUUUUCUGUGUUGUGGUGGUGGUGAUGUCAUGUCUAGCGAUUGCAUGGAGCCGUACUAUUUCUAGUAUUAUUAUCUGAUCAUAGCUGUGCCCACCCUCUUCAAGACAGACCUCAUGUGCUGAAAUGGCUUACUCAAGCUUUUCCUUUUGAAAGAAAGAGCUGUCAGUCAGUAAUGCCACUACACGCAACUGUAGAUGGUGUUUAAACAUGGUGCAGUGUUGAAACAAUUUGUGAAAUCAAAGAGAACUAUGCAAGUUAACUUACAAUCCUCAUUGUAUGUCCCUAGAGAUGUAGUGUGUCACAAACCAAGAAUUGUGUGUUGAUAUAGUGUUUUAAUUGGGCAAAGUGGUCCAAAAACCCUUUGUCAUGCACAUGUGUCUUAAAGGGCAUUUGAUUUGCAAAAAAGGCAAUCCAAAUAGUGACCUCAUUCUUUAAAUCUUCUUCCUCUCCAGCAGACAAAUACCCUUCAUAUAAGAGCUACUUAUAUGAGAACACUUGUAUGCUGUAUCUUUCAUAAUGGAUAUGGUAACAUAAUGUAGGAGAUGACGGUAGAUGGAUAUAUAAGGGCAGUUUUUUUUUUUUUUUUUUUUACUGGGAAUGACCAAUAUACUGCUGUCUUACGCUUAAGUGAUUCCUAACACUCCUUUUAUUGUAUUUCUUGAUGUUCAUUCUCUUCAUGAAAUUAAAGGGAAAUAUGCAGGCUAUUAACCAAGAUUGUUCCAGUUUUCUGAAUCAUAAUUUUAAAGACUAUUCAGAAUGUAUUAUUUUAUACCUGGCAAUGAACUGUUUUUUUUUUAUGUUAAUGUAUAUGUAUCUACUGUGUGUGAGGCCACAUGUUUGGUGAGACUCGGGCCACAGACGACGUCUGCAUGUUCUGGAAUUAAUUUACAUUAAUUAGUUAAACUGUUCUUUUUUUAUUGUUGCUACUGUAUUUGAAUAAUAACAGUGCAAGUGAGAAAUAUGUCCUAGUGAUCUCUUCUGGCCACUAUCGUGUAACACUGGCCAUGUAGUUUUGCAGCACGGUUGUGCUUGAGAGAGCAGGUUUUUACCCCUG